AUGACCAGCACUGAUUGUGAUACAAAUCUGUUGGUUCGAUCAUGGGCUGGUGAACGCUAUGAUACACUCACAUUACCAUUAACAACAUCUAUUACAAUCGGAUAUACGAGCAGCGCGUGGUUUGGACCAAAUUUGUAUCCAGCAGCAGGUGGCACUUGGGCUGUAAUGAAUCGAAUAAAUCUGGCAGUAAGACCCGAUGGAUAUAUAAAUAGCAGUCCAGUAACCAAUACAUUACCUGUUCUUUUCAAACCUGUGGGACAGCAGUUAAUACAUAUUGUACAGAUGUCGGAUAAUGAUGGCACUGAUAUUCUCAAAUGUCGUUGGUCAAAUUCAAAUUCAGGCACAAAUUACAAUCGUAGAGAUGAAUGUGAAGACGCUUGUGCUGGUUUGAAUGGGAUUUCGACACUUUACGAAGGAAAUUGUACGUUGGUGUUUACAUUACCUACUACUCGUAUUGGAUGGUAUUAUGUUAUCGCAUUGCAAAUUGAAGAUUACUAUGACUCGUCGGCCACUGCUCCAAUGAGUUCUGUACCUAUCCAAUUUCUUUUUUAUGCCUAUUCAGCAUCUAGUAGUUGUACAACGAGACUACAAAUUAUCGGUGAACGACCAAAUCGUGCUUGUAUUGGAACACCAAUCAACGUAACACUUACUGAACGGGUCAUUGCACAAUCUUUCUGUAGUGGAGCGACUAUUAGUAAUUAUGUAACAAGUUCACCUAUUGGAAUGCAACAUAGUACGGUUGUCAGUCAAGGAAGUGGACUUUAUGUUAUGACACUUACUUGGACUCCAACGGAUAACCAAUAUGGUCCACAAGGUUUUUGUGCUGGUGCUGUUGAUACCAAUAAUUUACAAUCAGAUGCUUGGUGUAUCACCUAUUUAGUAGGAUUUGACCCACCGAAUCUUAUCCGAACAACAGUUGUUCUAGGCACUGCUUCACCAAUUGGAACUAUAUUUUCGAAUCACUCAAUAUUUUCUAUACAAGGCAAAUAUUAA